ACGUGUAUUUUUUACAAUGGCUAAAAAUGAAGUGUCAGCGAAUUGCUUUUCGGGAAUUGAUACAGUUUCUCUGAAUUGUUUCAAUCUCGGAAUUUGUAUGUUCUUCGAUUGUAAAUGCUUUUUUCGAUACCGUUUCCUCGAGAAGUAUUUCACUCUCUUUAUUACUUCCCAAAUCGUGUUAUGCACCAUCCUAACUGUGCUUUCGUAUUACAACAGAUAAAACGCAACAGAUCUAAUAUCAAUCACUUAUGGUCGUUUAAGUAUGGCCUUCGCCCUGUUAAGUCAUAGAGAAUUCUUUGGGCGAAUGGAGAGAAACGUUAGCUCUAUCGUAUUUGUAUAAGCACGUAGCGCGUAUGUACCGUUCGUACGUUGAGCCUAUAAGAGAUCAAACGUAAAGUGUUGGCAAUUAUUGUAGUACACGAACGUGAAAGCUACGUAUUAGACAGUCGCUCUUGCGAUUCAGAAGUUCCUUUCACUUUCGAACGUCGUCGUCCAGAGGGAAUAGUUAAACAACAAAUAUUUGGAACGUCGAGAAUGGAAGUAAGUCAUUUGAAAAUCGAUGAAGCCAUCAUCGAGAAAGCCCUUCGAAACAAGUUAUCGGAUGAAACUAUUAGAGUUUUGGAGAUUCAGCUAAACUGUAUGUCAGAAAAAGGAUUAAACUUCCUUAGUGAUCUGUAUAAAGCACACAUCAGAUACACAGCUUCUUCUACCAAAAAGAAAGAGGAAGCGAAGUCGGAAAGAUCCAUCAGUUUGGUUAUUAAAGCCGAACCCCUGAGGGAACUGUCACGCGACAUCGUUCGUCAACAAAAUCUGUUUUUGAUCGAAUUGAAAGUUCUGCGUGACGUUCUACCCAAGAUGAAGGAAUUCGUUUAUCAUCAACUCGGUCCAAACUUGUUAUGCGGUUUUGACAAUCCUCGCAUUCUUGUUAUGGAAAACUUAAUAAACAGAGGAUUCGUUAUGAAGGAUCGUCAGAAAGGAUUGUCGUUUGAACACUGUCGUUUAGUUAUAGAACAACUUGCGAGAUUACACGCUGGAUCUGUCGCAGUUCUCGAAAAGGAUCCACAGAUAAUUGAAUCUUUUAUAGAUACUGGCAUUGUAUCGACCAAAUGUCCGAAAGCUUUCAUACGAAUGAUGGAAGUAAGCCUUCUACGAAUAGCUAACGAAAUACAAAAAUGGUCGAGCGAAAAAUAUGCGAACGCGGCGAAUAAGCUGAUUAAAUUGUCAUCAACUAUCGGAACGCGUUGUGUCGAUGCGUAUAGUUACGACGUGGAUGAAUUCUGCGUACUAAAUCACGGAGAUUGUUGGAUAAAUAAUUUAAUGUUUCGAGAAAACGAAAAAGGCCAACCUAUUGAAGUCUUAUUGGUCGAUUAUCAGAUGGCUGUUUACACGUCUCCAGUUAUCGAUCUGUUAUACUUCUUGAACAUUUGUCCAGAGUUUGACGUAAAGUACGAUAACGACGAUCAUUUUCUAAAACUUUAUUUGCAUACUUUGGAAGAAAUUAUGAAAGAUAUCGCUUGCAAGAGAAAACCGCCCACGAUGGAACAGUUAAAAGAAGCAAUACACAAAAGAAGAAUAUACGCUGUUUUUUCUGGUCUCGUGCUUUAUUUACGAAUGAUGGGAAAUAAAGAGGAUACCGAAGAUUUCGAGGAAUUAUUGACUAAGUUGUUAGGUGAAACUAAAAUGGACGUUUUCAGAAAUCCAGACGCGGUGAAACUAGCGCAUAAAAUGAUCCCAAUUAUGAAUGAAAGAGGUUACUUCGACUAAAACGAUUUGUUUUAGCUAUUGAGAUAAAAGAAGAUUAUUUAUUCUCGAUCGCAUUGGGCAUUAUUUUGUAACAUUAUUAUGCCUAUACAUAUAUGGUCAUCGUAUCUUGUAAAACGUGGCUACAAAUACGGUGUCUCGCGAAAGUAUUCGACUGCUUAUCACGCAACCUUUUAUACGAAUAUAGUAUUACGUGCAUUAUAGAAAACAUUUUGGAAUUCUGUCGGCAAUGAGACGCGGCUCAUUUGUUGCAGGCAUACACUUUGCGAAAAAUUAAUAUACAGCGUGGAAAGAAAUCUGGAACGUACAUUGAACGACGUACAGAUACUCUCGUUACAUAUUGCAGCUUAUUAAGAUAGCGAAUAAUAAGCUGUUCAAAAUAUCUAUUUUCCUACUGUAUCUGAUAUCGCAUAACUUCUAUUUACGUUUACAGAUUCGUUUCGAGCUUUACCAAUAUGCGUAAUCGCGAUGGUCUCAUGUAGUUACAUUGCUAGCGAGAUUUCAAAAUGUUUUCUAUAAUAGAGAAAUAAAAGAUAGGGAAUAAUUUCUGGGAGAGUUCGAGUAGUUUUGUCAGCUACUACCGUACAUGAGAAUAAAACAUGCUACAAAAUUCCAACAUUCUUACCAAAUUAAUUCUUUCUUCAUUCUUUCAAUUCUGGAAUGUAUCUUCUCUACGGUAUUAUGCUAAAAGUAAAGUCAGAGAUUUUCGAUAUAUAACGCUGCUCGAAGUCGAGUUUAUCGAGUUUAUCUUGAACGUUGGGAUAUAUGGAAGGAUUGUAAUCUCCAGGAGAAUAUCAUUGUAUGUGAAAUUUGUAUAAGAACAAUUAAACGUAGGAUAUUAAAACAUA